AUGUCUGUGGACCUGAUGACCUACGAGGCCCAGUUCUUCGGCUUCACACUGCAAACCUGCAUGCUGAGAAUCUACAUUGCAUUUCAAGACUACCUGUUUGAAGUGAUGCAGGCCGUCGAACAGGUCAUUCUGAAAAAGCUAGGUGACCUCCCAGGCUGUGAGAUCAGCCCCGUCCAGGUUCGUAAAUGCGCAGAGAAGUUCCUCGGCUUCAUGAAGGGACAUUUCGAUAACCUUUUUGGCAAAAUGGAGCAGCUGUUUUUACAGUUGAUUCUGCGCAUUCCCCCAAACAUUUUGCUGCUUCCGGAAGACAAACCCCAGGAGCUGCAUCCUUGUAGUGAGGAAGAGUUCCGGCUCCUCCAGGAGGAAAUUGAACAGUUGCAGGAGAAGUAUAAGACCGAAUUAGGCGCUAAGCAGGCCCUUCUUGCAGAAUUAAAGGAACAAAAAAUUUUGCAGGCCCGACUUAAGCAGACACUGGUUUUGUUUGAUGAACUCGAAAAUGCUGGCCGAGAUCACGGGACUAGUGAUUUCAGGGAAAGCCUGGUGUUCCUGGUCCAGAACUCCAGAAAACUACAGACUAUUAGGGACACUGUGGAACGGGAAGGCAGGAGAAUGAAAAUACUGUAA